UCAUUGUCAAGCGAGCUGCAGCUGUUGUUACAGUAUAGCGGAAAAUCAAUACCGAACAUCAACGUUUAUAAUGCAUCAUUUCGUUUGAAAUUAUAGUGGGAAGAAGAAGAAUGUGAAGGAGAUUGAGGAGGGAAUAACAAAACAAAAAACAUGUGAGCAGCGCUAUCAUAUUCGCAGAGAGACUCGAUCCACCUCUUUGUUUAUACCUCAUCCAUAACAGCUUGAGUUGGAAGAUGAGCAACGUCGUCGCAAUUUGCAUUUGCUUGAAAUCACAUCAUCUUUAAGUCCUACUACUAUGGGGACGUGAUCAGGAUAAACGAUAAUCCAACAUUGCCAUGCUUUAACGUUGAUGAGAAAGCAGUUCAUGAAGAACAUUGGCGGAUCCUAGGGCUUAAUUAUACAGCAACUGUAAGGCAGGUCUGACUCUCUUCGCAGCAGAUCAUGGUAGCUGCCGCUGAUGGUGAUCAUUCACGAGAUCGUUGGGUUAUAAGGGGACGUCAACAUGGUGGCUGUCAAUGCUCGUGAUCGUCCACGUUCGUUGACGACCGUCUUCAAAAUCGAACGGUUCAUCGCCCUCGUCUUCGCCGGCCUCGAGAUCAUAAUCCACGCUGGGGCCAUCUGGGGUUGGCCUUCCUACGUCUACGUUCUCAAGCAGGAUGGAUUCUUCGGUGACCUGUGCCACACUAACAAUGAUCCCGCAGGGUAUUCGCAGAACUCUUCUCUGGAGAAAUCAAUUGUAACUGUCAUUGAUAUUGAUUUACCAUCGCCCUCCGGUGUACCGCAGGGCGUGGGUUGCUAUGACCAAGAUGCCAUGAUACAACUGGUUUUCACAGUUUCCAUGGGAACGAAUCUUGUCUGCUCCUGCUGGCUAUCGAACAUCAUCGACAGAUUUGGAAUACGGUUUGCAAGAAUAUUCAUAUUCGUUGGCUGUUUAGUGAGUUAUAUUCUAUUUGCAGUAGCCACGCCUGAGACCGCGUACAUGUUAUUCCCAGCUAUGACUAUCUUGACGUCAUGCGGCACUUUACUACUCACUGUUAACUUACAGGUCGGUAAUCUUUUUGGUCGAGGUAAAGCUACCGUGAUGUCAUGGUUAAAUGGAUGCCUCAGUGCAUCAGUCAUCGUAUUCUAUCUCGUUAAGGUCGCUCAUGAGUCGGGCAUACCAGCUCGAUACUCAUUCAUCUUCCUGGCCGGAUCAACCCUCUUGAUGCUCAUCAACACCAUCAUGAUGCCCAAGAAACGUAUCCCAUGGCCCCUCCCGGAAGGAUACCGGCUCUUGACUUCCCGGAAGGAGUCUCUGCCGUCAAACAAUGCGGAGGUCAGCCAAUCGCCAGAGUCGAAGCCCUGAGAGACGACACCGAUC